CGAAAUGAUAGGAAAUAUCGCCAGAGGAAAUAUCUUCAGAAAUGCUAUGAGAUCUACUAGAAGUGCUACUCUAGUAACUCCAAUGAGAAAUUCACUUCAAUUCAGAAACGCUUCUGGCUUUGGAUCAUCUGAACAAGCCCAAUUACUUGAGAAGCUCUCAAAAGCACCAAAAGCUUUAGAUAUUAUCAAGGAAUUAAGUCAAGUUAUGCAAGAGAAGGGUGUUGAACCAGGCUCUAACCCUUCAGUUCAAACAAUGUACUCUCUCGCUACUGACACCAGAGUGAAGGAGCUUUCUACCGAACUCAAUAAAGAACUCAAGGAAGCCGGUAUUGAUGCUAAAGAAAUGGUAAAGGAGUUAAUGCCAGGCAGCAACUCUGGUGAAGAAAGUGAUAAGUAAAUUGUUUAUCUUAGUACAAGGUUUAGUUAUCAGAUGGCUCAUAUAAAUAUUCGCCUUUCAUUCUCUCAACAAGUGGUUUGACUUUCUCAAAGACAGAGAAAACGACAGCUUGUCCUGGUGCGACGCGAAGAAUUCGCGGUGCGAUACCUUUAUAGAAUGAGGCAACACCUUCUUGCUUCCACAUAUCUGUAGCAACACCCAUUAAUCUCGAUAUAGCAGUUUCACCUGGUACUUUCUGAGCUUUCUGUAUACGUGUUUUGAUUGUGUCAAUUGGCGCGUUAGUUAAUGGACCAGCUGCACCGGAAAUU